UCAUCAAUAUCCAUGACUGGCAUAUCUUUAUUCAUCAGUUAUAUAAUUUAUUCGCCUCAAACGAAGAUGUAAUUUUGUAUUUUUUUAUACGAUGAGCUCGGUUUAGCCAAAUGGGUGGUUGAGAAACUGGGUUUAAGGAAAUUGGCUUCUACGACUUAUUUCUGUCCGUUUAAUUACGUCACGUCUGCUUUCAUAUUUGAGUUGCUUAUCUUUGAUAAUCAGCAUGAUGUAUGCACCCAUAGCUCUUUACAUUUUUAGUGAAACAUUAUUGACAUCAAAACUUGGUCUGUUUGCUUAACUUGUCCAGAUUACAUUUAGCUCAGUUAGUAUAGGUUUUUAAAUCACCAAAGAAUGUAUUGUACACAGCUGUGUGUCAUAUACUUAUCAAGUUACUGAGAUUAACAAAUGACUUUAUUGUAUGAAUUCCCGAUGACGGAAAGCGGAUUCAGUGUCCUGGAGAAAGUCUUUGCCGAUAGGCAGGUUGUCAGCUUAGCCGACAUUUUGAAGGACGACGGAACGAGCAGCAAGAGCCUUUUGCCACAAAUAUUUCGAAAUGCUGCAGUCAUCCAUGUUCGGACGCCUGAAUGCAAGCCACAGGCAGCGCCGCAGGUUGAACCCGAACAACAGCUGGACUGGUACGAAUUAACCGAGUCAUGCGAUUCCCAUUUGUUCAUGAGAGGCCUUAAGGACAAAUGGUACCUACCAUGUGUAGCAACGACCGGGCAACCAAUGAAGACCUGUGAAUGUCCCUUUAUUCCGCAUGCGGCCAGGAGCGAUUGGGAAAAGCUGCACUCGGAAUUGGGUACGAGAAAGAUGAAAUGCCUCCUUAUUCAUUGCAGCAUUUUUGUCCUUGUUGGACGCAGAGCCUGGCUGCAAAUCAGUGGCCCACUGGAUAAAGGAAACUUGGAAAUGUUUCCUCCCAUUUUUCAAUAUCGUGCCAUACCAAAGGCCGUCAAACGCAAGAAAGAGGAACACGCAAUAGCAAAAGUCCCGAACACAUCUAAUCUUCCAUUUCGUGACUACCCGUCCGUCCAGCGGCCAUUAAAGAAAAUUCGACUCACAACCAGCGAUGGGCAAACCCGUAUCGUGGAGUUUCCUCAACAUACUACCCAGUGUGUCGUAUCGACGAUCGAUAACAUUCCUGUCAUGAAAUCCCCACCGACAUCGUUGGUGCCGAUUUUGAAAAAAGUCCGCCUAAGGGAAGGUAGCAGUCUUUGUCCGCCUAUUCAUUUAACUUUAGCAGCCGAGCCGAAAAAGGAUUGCGUACAUGAGACUGUUCGAAGAGAGGAAAUUGGAAAGAGAAAAACCAGACGCGGGCGCAACAAGUUGAUAACCAAACAAAUCGUUGACAAACGAAGUGCUCUAAAUGGGUCGAUGAAAAUUCCGCACGAUGAAAUCAUGUACAGUAGUUCUGGCUGGACCCACUUUCCGAUUACCCAUCCCGUCUCACAUGCCUCGCCAAUUCCGACCGUGGUAGCUAUUUUGAGAACGUCAGUAGGUGGCGAAUGUAGCGAAUCAGAAGAUCAGCUCCGAUCAGAUUUGCCGCUGUUGGGCGAGUUGAUUGAGGCCAUGGUGAAGAAUCAUCGCCGAUGUCGGUACAACUCAAUUGUUCGCCGGAUGUUGGCAGAUGCAAACCCGCAAAAAUCGUUCUUGGACGCCGGUCGUGUCUAUGAGUUUAUCAGAUGUAUUGUGAAGAAAGUCGUGCCAAUUGAGUUGCUGGGCGGCCAAACCAACCAGCAAAUAUUUCUGUCGAACGUCCGACGAUUCAUUGAAGCCGGUAGAGGCACAUCGUUUACGCUCAAUGAUCUCAUUCAGUCGAUGCGCACAAAUAAAUGCCGCUGGUUUUCUCACUUGCCCAGCUUAGCCGUCAAGAUUUCAUUGCUGGCGAGAUUGAUCGUUUGGCUUUUCAUGGGUUUCGUUAAACCUUUGAUCCGGCAACAUUUUUACGCAACCGAAACGUCUUACGGCCGCAAUCGAAUAUUUUUCUAUUCGAAAGAUGUGUGGCAAAAGAUCCAUCAUCGAAUGUUACGCUCGAUCUGCUCUGUCAGUCUACGCCAACCUUUGCCCGUCCUGGAGAAAUGGAAGGAUCCCAAUGCGAUUUUGGAAUUGCAGAAUCUCUUACUUUUCACUCGGUUGCGUUUUGUUCCAAAAAAGAAUGGCGCGCGACCCAUCAUGUCCACCAAGUUCCGCAAUACCAAUCGUAAACAAGUCAACACUGCCCGUUUACUUCUCCAUACCAUUACUAGUCUUUAUGUGGAAGGGAUGGAUGCCAAGUCGACCCACAGUUUGCACCGCAAGUGGGUUCAGUUCAUCAAGCGCGGAUUUAAGGAUCCCGUUUAUUUUGUUCAUGCAGACGUCGAAGACGCUUUCGGUUCCAUAAAUCACGACAGGAUGGUGGACCUUCUACGGUGGUACGGCCAUAUCCUUCCUAGAGAACUACAGGUGCGUACGUUUUGCAGUGUCACUGCCGAUGGCCGACGGAGUAAACCCUUCCAGGUCAUCCCGUAUUUUCAUACAAAUGAUCCGGAAGGAUGGGUCCAGCAAAUGGCGCCCGGCUCUGUCGUUUUCCAUACGGGAAUGCGAGCCGAGAAACUGAACACGACCAAAAUCCUAGAAUUUGCCAUCAGGUCCGUUCGUGAGGUGCACGUUGUUCACCAUGACAAGGCGCAUUAUAAAUUGAAGCGAGGAAUACCACAGGGAUCUCGUCUAUCUAGCGCUCUAUGUCACAUCUACUACGGCCAUAUGGUGCGAGAACAUUUGUCUGAAUUUCUCGAAAGUCCCGAUGACUUGCUUAUUCGGGUGGUUGACGACUUUCUUUAUUUAACUACCAGUGGUGAACGUGCUAGAGCUUUCCAUCAUCGGAUUCAUCAGGGCUUUACGGACUAUAAUGCUUACGUCAACAUCGACAAGUCGGCAACCAACUUGGAUCUCAGCAUAUCCAGUGAUCAAGCCCAGGCUCCACCUGUCCGGAAACCCGUUUGGUUCUCGUUCUGUGGCCUUCAAUUUCACACGAAAACAUUGGAAAUACGUGGUGACUAUACCAAGUACGAAGGAACGGAUAUCAUCCAUUGCAUCACAACGCCCGCUGGAGAGCCAGGCAAAUUGUUACUCAAACGUAUUCAAGGCAUUUCAACAUUGAAAAUCGAGACCAUUUACCUAGACGCAACAGUGAACAGGAAACCGACGGUCGUGCGAUCAAUGUUCUGUGCUUGCCUUAUGGCCGCUUUCCGGUUCCACGCUAUAGUGAAACACAUUCUCAUGCGCACAGUCCCGCGUCAUUCUCGUGACAAAGCCGUCGACGCUCGCUUUCUUGCCCAUACCGUGAUAAGAGAAUGUUGCUCUAAAAUGGUCGGCCACGUCAGCAGCCUCCGCCGACGUAGAAAAGAUGUCAAGAUUAUCCUUAGCAAGACAGAGACGGCUUGGCUAUGCUACGAGGCAUUCCAUCGAAAGCUAAGCCAGCAUGAGAAGCUGUACUCUGAUGUUAUGUUGGCUGUCAGAGUCCUGCGGGCAGAGCACGAGAAGAAGAUCCCAAAUGGGAAGCUCAAGAAUAUCCGAUCGUGGAUCGGGAGACGUAUUCCACUUUCCUUCCGACGAAUGAAAGACCGUGUUAGAUAAACCGUUGUAUGAAAGCUUGUAUUUUUGCAAGCAAUGGAUGGCUUCAGUAAACGAAAUUGCAUUUUUG